AUGUCGUACUCAAUCCUCGUUGUCUCCGCUCUCUUCAUGGUCUCUUAUGGAACAUUCACAAAACUUCCGACCAGCUAUACUACUGCGAUGAGAAUAUCAGCUUGUCAAGAUUAUUGCAAGGGUCAGUCGAUUUCAACUACAACCGGUUUUAACUUCCAAGGAAAGGGAUGGGAGUUGUGCAGUUGUCCGAUUGCACAAGGAUCUGGACAAUGGGUGGGCACUGGUUGUUACACUGAAUGCUGGCAAAGGUGUCAAGCCGGAUUGGGUAGCUGCGCGAAUCCAAGUGGCGCGAACUACACUGGUGUCUGUUGCUCGACAGCUAACAACAAUGCGACAAUUGAAGCUCAGUGCUACGCCACCCCUAAUGGAGCUUGCUACCAAAAUGGAUCCGGA